AUGCGUGAAAUUGUCCACGUUCAGGCUGGUCAGUGUGGAAAUCAGAUCGGUUCAAAGUUUUGGGAAGUUAUCUCCGAUGAACAUGGCAUAAAACCCGAUGGUACAUAUAGUGGCGAAUCUGAUUUACAGUUGGAAAGAAUUAACGUCUACUACAACGAAGCACAUGGCGGCAAGUACGUUCCCCGUGCUGUCCUUGUCGAUCUCGAGCCCGGAACGAUGGAUUCCGUUCGCUCUGGGCCCUAUGGUCAACUAUUUCGACCGGAUAACUAUGUUUUUGGCCAGUCAGGAGCCGGUAAUAAUUGGGCAAAAGGACACUACACGGAAGGUGCUGAACUUGUUGACAGCGUACUUGAUGUUGUUCGUAAAGAGGCAGAAGGAUGUGACUGUUUACAGGGAUUUCAACUUACACAUUCUCUUGGAGGAGGCACCGGUUCCGGUAUGGGGACUUUGCUGAUUGCAAAAAUCCGUGAAGAGUAUCCUGAUAGAAUUAUGUCGUCGUUUUCCGUUGUUCCCUCACCUAAGGUUUCCGAUACUGUGGUUGAGCCAUACAAUGCUACACUAUCCGUUCACCAGCUGGUGGAAAAUACUGACGAGACAUUCUGCAUCGACAAUGAAGCUCUGUACGACAUUUGUUUCCGUACUUUGAAGCUCACAAAUCCAACGUAUGGAGAUCUGAACCACCUCGUAUCUGUGACAAUGUCUGGUGUCACCACCUGCCUACGCUUUCCCGGUCAGUUAAAUGCUGAUCUUCGUAAGUUGGCAGUGAACAUGGUGCCCUUCCCACGUCUCCACUUCUUUAUGCCUGGGUUUGCACCUCUUUCUGCAAAGGAUGCUCAAGCCUAUCGGGCGCUUACAGUUGCUGAGCUUACGCAGCAAAUGUUCGACGCCAAGAAUAUGAUGGCUGCUUGCGAUCCUCGCCAUGGACGUUACCUCACUGUAGCAGCUAUGUUCCGAGGACGAAUGAGCAUGAGGGAAGUGGAUGACCAAAUGAUGUCUGUGCAAAACAAGAACUCAUCAUACUUUGUGGAAUGGAUUCCAAACAACGUGAAGACGGCUGUGUGCGAUAUUCCGCCCAGAGGACUUAAAAUGGCUGCUACUUUUGUUGGAAAUUCUACCGCCAUUCAAGAGCUAUUCAAAAGAAUUUCGGAACAAUUCACUGCUAUGUUCCGGCGCAAAGCUUUCCUGCAUUGGUAUACAGGUGAGGGAAUGGACGAAAUGGAAUUCACGGAAGCGGAGUCGAACAUGAACGACCUCAUUUCGGAGUACCAACAAUACCAGGAAGCUACGGCUGACGAUAUGGGCGAUCUUGAUGCGGAAGGUGGUGAGGAGGUUUAUGCUGAAGAGGAAUGA